AUGAAUUCAUCGGAAAUUUUUUCAACUUUUCUUCCUAUUUGUCUAUCUUUCCUAACUGUCAUCAUGAACUUCAAACUUUUAUAUAAUCUUUUCAUCGAUUCACCCGCCCACAACCACCCGAAGGGGCGCACCCCCCGCGGCGCCCCGUUGACCCCCCGCAAAUAUUUACGUGCGGAAAAUAUUAUAUUUUUCGCAAUUUUUUGA